CUUAAAGUGCUCGAUAAUAAUAAAGAGCCCAUGUCUGUAAGCAAUCAGGGAAUAGUUUCAGAAGAGUGAGUGACAACCCUUUUUGCUCCACAACAAGGUUUUCUCCACAGGGCAAGAGGCUGGUUUGGUGUUUGUUUCAUUUCACUUUACAUGAAUACAUAUACAUAGAAGUUUGAAGGGUUUUAGGGAUUUGCAUGAUGCUAGGUUCAUUACCUAUAUUGCCCCUCCCUGCUCCUCCUUCUGAUGGAAAUCUAGGUCCUCUGCCUGAGUCUCAAGUGAUUGAUGAUAAUGAGGAGGAGCAGAACAAAUCAAAUUCUGCUUCUGUUCCGGCGCCGGCAACAGUUGCCACCCACACCAGAACGAUUGGAAUUAUACAUCCGCCUCCGGACAUUAGGACCAUUGUUGAUAAAACCUCCCAGUUCGUGGCCAAGAAUGGUCCAGAAUUCGAAAAGAGGAUUAUUGCAAAUAACACAGGAAAUGUUAAGUUCAAUUUCUUGAACUCGUCAGAUCCAUACCACGCAUAUUAUCAACACAGGUUGUCUGAAUUUCGUGCUCAAAAUCAGUCUUCAGGGCAGCAGCAACCUGCAGACUCGGCGGCUGUUCCUGAAUCCGUCCCGUCUGAUAGCAACGGCGUAGUAGCAGCAGCAGCAGCAGCUGCAGAAAAGCCAGAUUUUUCUGCCCAGUUUAAACCUGUAAGGAAAGUGCUUGAACCCCCUGAAGCUGAACAGUAUACAGUUCGCCUUCCUGAAGGAAUUACAGGUGAAGAGCUGGAUAUUAUAAAGCUAACAGCGCAAUUCGUGGCUCGAAAUGGGAAAUCUUUUUUGACAGGGUUGACCAGUAGGGAAGUUAAUAAUCCACAGUUCCAUUUUCUGAAACCGACCCACAGCAUGUUUACGUUUUUUACUUCCCUCGCGGAUGCCUAUUCGAAGGUUUUGAUGCCACCAAAGGGUUUGAUGGAGAAGCUAAAGAAUAGCGUGUCUGAUAUGACUACUGUCCUUGAAAGGUGUGUGAAUAGGCUGGAGUGGGAUCGUUCUCAAGAGCAAGCUAGGCAAAAGGCUGAGGAUGAGAUAGAGCAGGAAAGAAUACAAAUGGCUAUGAUUGAUUGGCAUGAUUUUGUGGUGGUUGAAACAAUAGAUUUUGCUGAUGAUGAGGACCAAGAGUUACCUCCUCCAAUGACUAUUGAGGAGGUUAUAAGGAGAAGCAAGGUGACAGCCAUGGAAGAAGAAGAUAUUGUUGAGCCUGGAAAGGAGGUCGAAAUGGAAAUGGAUGAGGAAGAGGCCCAACUUGUUGAGGAGGGCAUGAGAGCUGCUAGUUUGGAAGACCGUGAUGACAGGAAGCAGAAUGAAGUCAGGGUUACUGAAGACCCUGAACCACCAAUGAGAAUUGUUAAGAACUGGAAGAGACCAGAGGAGAGGAUUUCUGCAGAAAGAGAUUCCACCAAGUUUGUUGUUUCUCCUAUCACUGGUGAGUUAAUUCCUAUUAGCGAGAUGUCAGAACAUAUGCGGAUUUCUCUCAUUGAUCCUAAGUACAAAGAACAAAAAGAAAGAAUGUUUGCCAAAAUUCGAGAGACAACUUUGGCUGCGGAUGAUGAAAUUUCAAGAAACAUUGUUGGACUUGCUCGGACCCGUCCUGAUAUAUUUGGUACUACGGAAGAAGAGGUCUCCAAUGCUGUUAAGGCAGAAAUUGAGAAGAUAAAUGAUGAGCAACCAAAGCAGGUUAUAUGGGAUGGUCACACUGGUAGCAUUGGGCGUACGGCAAACCAAGCCAUGUCCCAAAAUAUUGGAAACGAGGAUCAAAAUGAUGCUUCUAAUAAUGAAGCCAGGAACUUUCUGGGUCCUGCUGCACCUCCUCCAAGACCUGGUAUGCCUUCAGUUCGUCCUCUUCCACCACCACCUGGACUGGCAUUGAAUCUUCCCCGUGUUCCUGUCCAAUAUUCUGCUCCCCAUAGUGGUGCCCUUCCAAUGCCUCCACCAAGACCCAUGAUGCCAUCUAUUCGGCCUGCUCCUCCUCCUCCAAUGCCGAUGAAUACUGGACAGCAGUCAGUUAUGGCUGGCCAACCACCCCCAAUGCAUCCAUCAAUUCCUAUGAAUAACCAAGGAAUUCCCAUACCCCCACCUCCGGGAUCUCACUUCACUCAUGUUCCAGUUCCACGACCUUUUGUUCCUCUUUCUGUUCCGCAAUCAGUCAUGCCUAUGAUGCAUCCACCACCUUUGCCUCAAGGAGUGCCACCACCACUGCCACCAGAGGAGGCUCCUCCCCCACUCCCAGAAGAACCAGAACCAAAGAGGCAGAAACUUGAUGAUUCUGCUCUGAUCCCUGAAGAUCAAUUUCUGGCUCAACAUCCUGGGCCUGUUCGCAUCAGUGUAUCUGUUCCUAAUGUUGAUGAAGGAAAUCUCAAGGGACAAGUUCUGGAAAUUACAGUGCAAUCUUUGUCUGAAACUGUUGGUAGUCUGAAGGAAAAAAUUGCUGGGGAGAUCCAGCUCCCUGCUAAUAAGCAGAAAUUGAGUGGAAAGCCUGGCUUUCUCAAGGAUAAUAUGUCACUCGCCCAUUACAAUGUUGGUGGAGGUGAAACACUUACCCUCUCUUUAAGAGAGCGUGGUGGUAGAAAGAGAUGAGCAUAUUGCUUUCAUUUCCGUUCAAGAAGGUUGUUGUAAUCUUUGCCUUAUUACAAGGCAUAUAGUAUUGAUAGCUACAUGAUGUUAUUUCCUGAAUUUUAUGUGAGUACAUUAGAUUUAUUGUAUUGUGAGACAUCUUGAGGUAUUUACUGCUGUCAUGAAGACUGAUGUUAAUUCUGGAAUACAGAUUUUGGCACCUUGGCGCUUCUCUCUUGAGGGGAAUGGGAAGCACUAGUAGUGGUUCCUUUAUCUAAACUGAUCAAUUCAAAUUAUUUGCAUCACUGAUUUUUGCUUACUUUUGAAUUUCAGUUGAUUCAUUGCAAAGUUACUGAUUUGUUUUUAAUUGGAGCUCCUUUGCUGUCAGGAAGGGAUCAUUUACAAAUCAAGUUUUUUUUUUUUUCAUUUUCAGUGUUCUAGCAAUAAUCAAUGUGGAGUGAUGAUUUAGGGUUUUCUUUUUCUAGUGUUUAGGUUUUGUCUUAUGUUGGAUAUGUUCGUACAAGAACACAGUUGGACAGUUGGUUAGAAAGCCGUUUGUUGCUGAGCAUAUGCACCUUUAACCAGUGUAUUUUGUUUGGGUUGUAGUCACAAGGUUAUUUUAUUGAUGUCCUUAACCUAGAUUAUUUCUGGUAAUGGUUGGGAUGGUUGUUGUUUUUGAUUCUGCUGUUUUGUCACAACAGAAAUUCUACUUGGACUUGUGGGAAAGGCUUUGCAGCUUAGCCUGAUGUGUUUUUGAAUGGCACGAGGCAGGUAGAAUGGUCAAUGAUAUUUUCUGCGAUGUUAAAAUCCCUAUAUUGAGAUCUUUCACUUUUUUUCUUUUAAAAUUUGUGCUGAUGGCAGUUUGUGCCUGCCAGUUUAUUGCAGAAUGGACCAGGCUUGGUAUUUUAGAGAAGGCACUGGUUCUCGUGUUCAUCUUAUGAAACUUAUUUGCAGCUGAUCUUGAUUAACAUUACUUGUUAUGUUAUGUCCUAUUCUGCUAUAGUUGAUUAGACUUUGUGCUUUUAUUUAAUUUGUUGUGCCUUUGUUUCUUCCCUCUCUUUUUUCUUCAUUGGCCUGAAUCUUUGCGUUUUUCCCCCUUGCCAGUGUGUGUGAGAUUGUUAGUAUGACUUAUCGGAGCCCUUUGUUUGACUCUUGACAGAUUCACAAGAUUGAGAUUGGUUAGUUUGCCAGCUUCAAUGGUUCAUUAUUUCAUUUUUGUUCAGGAGGUUACUUGUGUUAACAGGGAACAUCAACAUUGAUGGCUGAAGAUAUUGAAUGACAUUUGUUUCAAUUAGGUGUAGUUUGAUCGCCAGAUUGAAGGUUCAUUUAUCAUAGGACUGGAUAAUAAGAUGACCGUUGUUAAUUGUAAUCGGGCAUUUAUUUUAGAUUAAUUGCUGCGUCCAAACAUUGUCUACAAAGAAGUUCAAAAUUUAGCUCUUGCUAA